AUGAAGGAAUCCCACGCAGCUCAGUACACCCAGGUCACGCUCGGGGUCCUGGGGCCGGGCCUCCGCGCGCCUCUGCCCCGCCUCCUGCCGACUGGCAGACGCCCGAGGGCCCCGCGCCGGCAGCCUGGCAGUAAGCGGGGAAGAGGUCGCCGCCGGCCCAGGCGUGGCAGAAGCGCUUUCUGUGCCAAGUUUCCGGCUCCGGGUCCCCGGAGGAGGAUCGCGGGCCAGAGGCAGAGCCGCCGCCCUGCCGCGACUUUCAGACUCGACUAUGACCUCGCGCUGGUGGCGCUGGCGGCGGGGCUGCUCUGCGGCUCUGAGUCCGGAGCCCGGCUUCCCCGGCCUUGCGGGGCCGCCGGGGCCGCGCGCCGCUCUGCCAACGCCCGCCCGCAGAUACCCUAUUUUAAUCUUGUGAAGCAUCUGACAUCUGCCUGUCCAUAUGUAUAUAGUAUAUCACGACAUGUGCAAGCCAGCCAGCGCACCAUAGCCUUAAUUGCAGAAAUGAUCCACACUGCUAGUCUUGUUCAUGAUGACGUUAUUGACGAUGCAAGUUCUCGAAGAGGAAAACACACAGUUGAUAAGAUCUGGGGUGAAAAGAAGGCUGUUCUUGCUGGAGAUUUAAUUCUUUCUGCAGCAUCUAUAGCUCUGGCACGAAUUGGAAAUACAACCGUUAUAUCUAUUUUAACCCAAGUUAUUGAAGAUUCGGUGCGUAGUGAAUUUCUUCAGCUUGGGUCAAAAGAAAAUGAGAAUGAAAGAUUUGCACACUACCUUGAAAAGCCCUUUAAGAAGACCGCCAGCCUGAUAGCCAACAGUUAUAAAGCAAGUCUUGCUGUGUGGCCUAGGCUACAGUGCAGUGGUGUGAUCUCCGCUCACUGCAACCUCCUCCUCCCAGGGUUCAGGUGAUUCUCCUGCCUCAGCUUGCUGAGUAGCUCGCACCACAGAAUUUCUACUUGGAUAACAGAGAAAAAAAGAAAGCAAGGAAACUAGUGAGAAAAUGAAUGCUAAGAACAAGGAAUCAUUACUUG